GAUUUGAUAGGAAGACUCACAAACCAGAAUACGGAAAGUCAAAGAACCGGAUGCAAGAAAUGUGGCUAUAGUAAGUUUAUUACUUAUUUGCCGUUAUUUAGGAAGAUACCUGACCGUGUGUUAAUUUUUAUAUCUUAAGCAGAAACUUACCCGUGCCAUUAAUAUAUUCUUUUUAAUAGUACGUUGCUUUCCUCUCGCGAUUAAGCUUAAGCUUAUAUUAGUGUGAAUGGAUAUACACAUACUAAUGUAAGAACUGCGAUGGCAUCAAGCCUUCAGUUGAAAAAAAAAAACCUUUGGCUUUCUCCCUCCUGUGUUCUAUUCUAAAUUUAAAAUAUUCAUCUAAGGCAUUUACAGCACUGGUAAUGUUAGCCUGAGAAAACAUUGACAACCAACAUUUCAUGAUGCCGCCACUGUAUUCCCCGUGAACUGAUGUCUGAGGUCAUGCUGCUAGAGAAAUUUGCUUUAACUAAUCAGAAGCACCACCUACAUCUGGGUAGUGAUGCAUCAUCAGUAUGGAAUUUCUUCAGUCAUUCUUCAAACAUCAUUUUGGAGAAAAACCAGUGAUGGUGUCAUGAAAAGUCAGCUAUUUUCUUGUGCUAUAGAAAAGUAAAAGAAUACAAUAUUGAGGAGACUGAAAAUUUGUAGGUGUAAAAGUAAAAGAAAAAUAAAUUCUUAAUUAUCCUCUCUCCUUGGGGGUUUUCAGGGAUAAUGAAUUUCAAAUAAAUUUAAAUGGAAAAUAAUAAGGUUAAGAAUCCCAGCUGGUAGUUUGAGGCAAGCCAGUUGGCUAUUUACAAGCACAGCCGAAGAUUUGAACUCGGGACUCGAGAGCAAAUCCAGCUAAUGGUAAGGGCAGGACUUGAACUUGGGGCAUGUGGAUAACAAGUCCAGUGCCUUCAACGCUUGGCCACGUUGCCUCCCUAGCAUCAGUGAUUUUGUUACCUCUGUGUCCUGCGUCCCUAAUGCAAAAAAAAUCCCCACAGAUGUAGAACACAAGAGUCAAUGGCAUGCAUCCUGUAGGGUGCAAAGUUUGAUCAAUAAAUCAAUAUGAAAAUGUUUUUGUAAAAUGCCCUGUUCAUGUGAUUUCUGUGGCAGCUGUUCUUGUGGCUGUUGUUUAAUCAUGCAUAAUUCUUUUAGUCUCUGCUGUGCUUUACAAAAGGAUAUCUUUUAUCUGUCUGGUCACAUAAAGGCCCAAGCAUUUUUAAUUUAGAAAUUUUUGUUUUUUGAACUGGGACUAAAUGGCUCUCGACAUGGAGUGGGACUCAUGAUUUCCAUACCAGUAACUAUUUGUAACAAAAUCACUGUAGUAUCCUUCAUCAUGGUUUUCCCACUAGAAAUGGCUUAAAUCAGUAAAUGUUUCCACCUCACCAGGUGGUCACCUGACCUUUCAAUGUCGCAACUUUGUCCGUGUUGAUCCGAAGAAAGAUGUAGUUGUUGACGUCAGUAGUACUUCUAGUGAGGAUGAAAGUGAGAAAGAAGUGAGUGUGAGCUCCACAUCAACACCCUCCUCAUCCGAUUCAGAUACAAAAAGAAAGGAAACAAAAACCAAGAAAAGGAAAACAGCGAAAGAAAGAGAUGAAAGGGUCUCAAGGUAUGUACAUUGUAUUUUUGCAAUUUAUUGGUAGUCAGGAAAAAGAUAAAUAUUACGACUGUCAUUGUUAUUGUCAUCAUUUUUUUACUAUCAUCUCCAUAAACUACCCUCAUCAUGAUCAUCAUCACUGUCUUGUAUUAUUUUUACGUUAAUCUGUUGUCAUGACUGCAGUCAUCAUCAUCAUCAUCAUCAUCAUCAUCAUCAUCAUCAUCAACAUCAUCAUCAUCAUCAUCAUCAUCAACAUCAUCAUCAUCAUCAUCAUCAUCAUUAUCAUCAUCAUUGUCAUCAUCACUGUUGAGCCACCACAAUCAACAUGAGUUACAUUCUAAUUCACCAUGUUCAAAGUAAUGUAUCAAUAUUUUGGUUUUUUAUUUUUUAUAUUGAUUAUUCAACCCACAAAAACUGUAUUUUCAGGAGAUCAGAAUCGCUAGAGAGGACUUUGAAACAGCGAGAUGUUCCACGGCAAAGAGCUUCCUCAUACUCUCCCCCUGCCAAAAAGUAAGGGUUUUCCUCAGUCUCUUUCCUUGUUUCUAUGCAAAUUUGAAAUUGUUCAAGAUAAUAAAAAUGCCUCUUAGUCGUAAAUGAGUAACUUGCGGCACAGAUAUAAUCUAACACUGAUUAGUAACGUCUGAGAAGCAGUGAUGAUAUCUUUGUUCUCGGGUCCAACAGAAUCAAUGAAUUACCAGAAAGUCAUUUUGAAUUUCCCUUCAACAGAAUGGGCAAAUGACAAUGGUCUUUUUCAACAGGCCAGUCAUGGCACAUACUCAAAUCCUGGUACACAGGUGGGGGCGCAGAACAAGGACCUCAUCACUGUUUCCAGAUGGACGUAACUAGAAGUUAGUUCCAUCUGUGGUGCAGACCAUGAAUGAGAAGUGCAUACAUUUGAAUUUACCAAUCCUUUCUGUAGAAAGACUUAGUGUUACAAACUGUAUGAUGGCUUUUCUGCUCCGUGUUAUUGUCCGUUAACAUUAGUGUUCUUAUAUUCAGCCCCAAGAGAUGCCACUCAACAACCACAGAUAGUGAUCAGGGUAAGAUUAAAUAAUAUUUCACUGUUAUCACUUUUAUUUUCUGCCGGUAAAAUUGCGUCAGUCUCUCAGAUAAGUCAGAAUGAAAGAUCAUAAUCAAUUUUAAUAUUUCAACUUAGCUUUAUCAACUUUUUCCAAGCCUAGAACAGUUAAAACUAAAGAUUCUUUUGUGUAUUUACAUUAUAGGUGAAGAUGACUCUGAUGAUAGCAGAAGGAAAAAGAAAAAAACAAGGAGACACAAGUUAGUACAAUGGUGUUGUUUUUGUUUAAACUAAUUUUUUGGCUUAAUUGAACCUGCCACCUGGUUAGCUCAUGGUGGAGAAAAAGUCUCUUGUCUAAGGAAACACAAAGCUUGAACCCGAACCUACAGAUCUAAAGGGGCAGAGUCACUAAGGGCUGAGACGGGGGAUUCCCUCCAGCUUCUAUGUGCCUGACCCCCGACUACUGUCACCGUAAAGUUCCAAAAAUAAUGACACUUGUUACUUUUGGAUUUAGCAGCCUUUUCCAAAUGCUACUUUCAAAGGGUCGCUACUUUCAGGAGGUUGCUACUUUUGGUAGCUAAAAUGCGUAUCGUACAUGGGCUGUAUGAAGCGACAAUAAUCAUGAAAACAUCAACACUUUUUAUUUGGAGAAACUUAUUUCAUGUUAUUGCUUUUUAAAUACAUGUUUAUAUGCAAAAGAAUUGUUUGAUUAUGAUGUGGGUAUUCACAGACAAAACGAAGACUUUUUGAAAAAAAAAAAAGAAUGUAAUGUACCUUUUCAGGGUUACAUAUUAAAAGAAUGUCAAAGAUCAACCAUUAAAAAAUAAAUCUCAGAUCAGUUUGGUAGAGCUUGUGGUUGUAACUAUAAUUUCCAUGAUUUCUAGCAAGAAGGGAGAUCACUUUCGAAGUCGCUACUUUUGGAGGGUCCUUAUUUUCAGAGGGUCGCUACUUUUGGCAUUUGCUAACACCCGUGAAAUUUUGUUUUUGGUACUUUCGAAGGUUGCUGCUUUUGGGGGGUCGUUACUUUGGGAACUUUACGGCAAUUAAAGAAAAACAAAAGGGAUUUAGAACCAAAAGAACUUCCAAGCUGCUCAAUUCCCAGUAUACUAAUUGCACAUACCAAACACCUUUUAAUCUUAGUGACAGCCCAGAGGGUGUUAACUACAUUGUACCAUGUUAUCAGCCUUCCAGGCAGUCUCCUGCUCAGCACAUCGCUCUUUCCCAACUGAGCUAACCAGGCAGUUAAGGGGAGUUGGACUGAAUUUUGUGAUUAGUACUAUUUCCCAACGUUGUCUUUGUUUAUUAGAAACAGAAAAGAGCACACAAGGGAUAAACAUCACGGCAAGAAACAUAAACGCAAAGAAAAGAGGAAAAGAAAGAAAAAGAAAAGCAGAAAACAAGAUUCCUCUUCAGAAUCAGACUGA